GCCUGUCUGUACGAAGAGGCGAUGAAAGUGACAUGCCAGAUCGAGGGCGAGAAGUACGCGGGCAGCAUCGUGAAGCUGCAAGCCGCCAUCAAGUACGGCGAGGAGGACCUGCCAGGGGCCAAGAGCCUCGUCGACCAGAGUCCUGACGACGACCCAGAUGCUGAGGUCAACAGAGCCUGUCUGUUGUACAAGGAAGGUCGCUUCGAUGAAGCCUGUCAGAAGUUCAGCGCUGCACUCCAGGUCGUCACUGGGCACCCACAUCUCUCGUACAACGUUGCCUUGUGCCACUACCGCCUCAAGCAGUUCGCUCAGGCACUCAAAUACAUCGCGGACAUCAUUGAGAAGGGCAUCCGCGACNGAGGUCUAGUCCUGUCUCUUAUACACAUCUAG